AGAUGAUUAUAAGUACUAUCUUCUUUAAUAACUAUAUACCAUGAGCAGGCCUCCACAAAGCACCACCACCCCUUCACAGUCGAAUACAACGACAACUACCACUGUUGAAAACGAGCCGGUUGUGCUUCGUUUGAGACAAGAUGAGAAUAUUGCCACUGAUCUGACCCUGGGUACAAAGAGCAAAAAAAAGAAGAGUAAGCUGAAGAAGAAGCCACGGGUGAGAUGGACGGAAGAUGUAGUUGAUAAUGAGCAUAUGGAUAAGAAAAAGAGCAAGAUUUGCUGUAUUUUCCACCCACAACGAGAGUUUGGGGAAGAGAGCAACUCUUCCUCAGAUUCAUCAGCUGAAUCGUCAAGUGACAGCGACUCCGACAAAGAAGACUAUCGUCACGGACAAAGGCACGAUCACUCCAAUUGUAAUCAUAUUAAAAAGGCACCACGCAGCAGUAGUCCCAAUGCAUACGAAAAGCAACCGAAUUACAGGAAAAAGGAUGAGGCAAAGUAAAAGACAUUUAGAAGGAAGUAAAGGGGGUUAUUGAAUUAAAAUUAAGUAAUGUAGUUUAUAUAAAUAUACAUAUUUGAUGCAAUGUAAUUAGAUG